UUGAUUUUUUGUUACUAAUAGGCAACAGAAGAUCACCUGAAGAAACACUAUGCUGAUCUUGCAGAUAAGCCCUUUUAUCCAGGCUUGUGCAAGUACAUGUCAUCUGGUCCAUUGGUAGUAUGUGCUGGGAAGGUACGUUAAAUUGUCAAGACUGCCCGUACAAGGGAUGGGAGAGCCCCGCCCCAGCUGAUUAAAAGGGCCUGGCCCCCAUCCGUUGGAGACUUCUGCAUUGAAGUUGGCAGGAACAUCAUCCAUGGCUCGGACUCUGUUGAAUCUGCAAACAAGGAGGUUGCUCUGUGGUUCAAACCAGAGGAACUUGUUAGCUGGACACAGUCCAAUGAGACCUGGAUCUAUGAGUAAGAUUAUGAACACUAGACAAAGGAGGGAAGGGAACUUCCUAGUUCCACGAGGUGAUGUGAAAUGGCACGUAUGUGGCUUAGCUCACCUACAGUUUACUGUACAUGUAAAUCCUACCCAGUGCUGUUCACCAAUUGUGGGACUAGUGUUGAUACCCUUCUUGCUCGGGCUUAUUUAAUAAUAAAAUCUUUAAUUUACAUGGCAGUUUUAUUUUGCCAAUGUCAUUCCAGUUCCCUUAAUGUAAGCAUUCAGGGUAUUACACGCAGUAGCUGAGGGGGCAAGGUUUCAGUGAUUCCACCUACUGGACUGUUAAUGUAUUGUGUUAACUGUAUAUACUGCACUGAAAAUAGCAUAAAUAACUUAAAAUUACAGCAUAAAAUUGUGCUUGAAAGGUAUAUGCUGCUCAAAACAGUUCCAUACAUCAAUGGAAACUGCUAGAAACCCUGAAUACUAAUAAUCUAGGUAGGUUACUGUUGAAACUUCUGAUUAUCUCCUGUACUGCACAAUUGAAAUUGUUCAAGUUAAUCACACAAUGCACAAGAUCAGGCACUGUGUUGGAUGUAGAGCAGUCACACAUUCACUUCACUCUGAUAAAUUUAAAUGAUGCACAUUGUGUAUUUAAUAACUUUAAAAUCAGAACUAUGAUUUGGUAUGUAAAUGCUAGACAUAAACUGGAAGAUACUAAUAUACCUUGCCUUCUUAGAUAUGUGCUGUAUGUCAUUCAAUGCUUUGGUUGUGCAAAUUUGCAUGUCAGUAUUGUAAUUAGUACUUGAUCCUUGUGCCUUGCUAUGGCAUGAAAGAAUUUUGUUAGUGACAAAUGAGGUUCCAACUUCCAUGGCUGUAUGACCCCUAUGGGUUUAGUGCUUAUGAUGAAAAUUAAAAAAGCCAACUUGCACAAUGCAGCUUUGAUUACCUUGAAGAUUUGCAAAUAAAAAUUCUUCCCUUCCAAGUAUGGUUGGAUUUUAAAAGUAAUAUUUUGAUGGAUAUCGCCUUCCUAAACGGUUGAGAACCUACCUUUGUCUUUUUUAUUUUGUGGCCCUAAACUGGACUGUCACUCAGGAUAAGCAUUGUAAGAUAUCUUACAAUGUGUAUUGCUGAGAGUGAAGACUGGUGGAUCCUGAUGGUUAUAAACUUAGCAGAAUUGCAAACUACAGUAAACCUUGAAUUCAGUGGACAUUAAUUUAAAACAGGAAAUGUGGUUUAUUCAAAUGGUGGAUAAAGAUAGUUUAUGAGAGUAAUAACUACAAUUGUGGAAAAAUCUUGAUACCAUAGUCUCCAUUACUGGCCACCCAUGCCCUCAUUAGUUUAUUAAAUCAAAGGUUUGCUGUACUUAUUUGCAGAACUGAAUGUUUUGUGACCCAGAACACUUGUUAAACUUUUAAUUUUGUAAUGGGUACGAUAUACCAAAAAAUUUGUUUAGUUGCUUUCCUAAGAGUUUAUUUUUUAUCUGAUUUGUAAGGCCAUAAUAUACUAAUAGAUGGUUCUGGGAAUACUUGCCCAGCUCCAGGCUGGGCCUAACGCUUGAUUAUAUGUUCAGUGAGGCUGUUUUUAGGCUUGCUGUUCAAGUCAAGUGCAAGUAUGUAUAGUUUUGUAGCUGGGUUACCCAGAAAUCCUUCAAAUUUCCUCUUCAAUAUGUGUAUUUGAAAUUUCCUUUGCAUUAAGAAAAAAAAUGUGUGGGAUUUAGUGCUAGCAAAAAAUAAGUUAAGAUGAUCCAGGUUAGUUGCUAUUGUAGAGAUAUAAAGCACUAAUUUGGUAGUGUGUGCUGAUGUGAUGGGUAAACGUGACUUAGCCUCAAAUUUGUUGCCAGUUGCCAUAUAUGCCUUGGCUCAGUCGUGAGUGUCAUACCUAAAACAAAAAAUGUAGGGCUGGGUGGGUCCAUGCAAUGCAUCAUGAAUAAUAACGACUUGGCAGCCCACUUGUUUACAUAGGUACCACUGCAUCUAUGUAAAAGUGGGCUUUUUUUUUUCAUUUAAGCAUACGUGCAUAACGUCUUUAUUACACUGGUCUUGGGGCACACAUAAUGGGCACAAAAAAUGCAUUACAGCAUAUGUACAUUUUUAACCCAGGAUAAUCUGAUUAAGCCAGACAAUAUGAAUUCCAUGUAUAGAGAAGAAUCACACAAUUGUAAUAAAAGAUUACUUUGAACAUUGUCUUAAAAGACAAAAAGAAACUACUAAAAAGACUAAUAGAAACUGCAUUUUUGCCAAUUUUAACACUCCAUGAAAAGGUAAGUUAUUAAUUUCAUUGUUUCUUAUUCUUAGAAAAAUGUGCUGGUUUCAAUCUACAAGGGAACGAAUGCUAAACAGUACUUUUAUUGAGACAGUUUGCAUGUGUGAUGUGACAGGAAAUGGCCAGCUUUUGUUGCCACUAAUUACAGGAGGGCCCUCUUUGUAUGGCUCUUAGGUUCCUGACCCUGCACAAUAAGUGAAAACCACCAGCGGGUGGAAAAAGAGCAGUUUUUCAUUAUCAAAUGUGUUUAAAAUGUCUGAUAGCGUGUUCUAUGCGAUCAUAUAUUAAGUGCUCAAUACAGCUAGGCAUAAAAAAUGAUAAAGUAACUACACAGUACAUACAGUAUCUUAAAAUACAGCACCAGUCAUUCUUCCGAUAUGCAACCGUUGUGCGAAAACAUGGCAGAGCAGUAAAAGGACCAAACAACGAAUAUGCAAGGCCCUUCUGUAUGUAGAAAAGGGUAGCAGCAUACUGCUGAUAUAUUCACUUUUUGCUAAAAAGCAAAUUAGUCCAUGUAGCUCAAAUCAAUACAAAAUGCACAUGUAUGUAUGUAUAUGUACAUGCACGCAGUUAGAUGUGAGUAGUAGGGAAAGAGCUUAGGGUGUGGCAGUGUGGGAUCAGGGAGCACUGUCUUGUGUACUAUAAAUUGGAAAGUUUUUUAUAAUAAGCGUAGGGAUAAGGUUUUUGCUAAGUUGAAAGCUCGGAUUUUGCUGAAUUGUAUUUUAUGUGCAGAUUAGGGGAGAUUCCAGGUAUCUAAUGUGUGUUUUGCCUCUAUCCUUGAUUACUAGCCUGGAGUCUUACUAGGAGUGUAGUCUUGUACACAUGUAUACGACAGGUAUUGCUUGUAUUCUGCACUUGUACCAGAAAUAGUUCACUGGUGAUUUACAUGUGUGCACAAGGCACAUCUGGCCUUCUGCAAUGUUCCCUGUCUAUUCCUUGCUUGUUUCUGCCUUCUUGUGCUUCACUUGCACUUGCAUAAAUAUGUAUGUUGCUCAUUUUGUACUUGCUUAGCUUGUUAUAGGCCAUAUGUUUUAUAAAAAGUUCUCUUCUACCUUUGUUGAGUUUAACCAACAAUUGCAUAACUUAAGGUGUAGGCACAUUGCUAAAUCACUCCCAAACCUUUAGUUGAUGUUCAAAUACUACAGGUGUUCAGAGGGAUUGAGUGAGCAUUUCGCUUCAUGGUGGAUUGAAUCCAUGGCAAGCCAGUCAGAAAACUAGUCACUGCAUGUGAGCCUAAUAAGAUUCAUCCAAUGAAGUACAUUUCUAUACAGGCAAGUUCCACUUAUGGCACUUUGCUAAUAUGGACAUUUCAAAUUAUGACCAAAAUUUUUUUUAUACGGCUCCCUAAUUAGCUAUUACAGCAUCCAUGCCACACUGUUUACAUCCUCCAUGAGCUCCAUAUCUCAAGUCUGGAAACAUUGCAAAAUUUCCUGUUUUAAAGUUACUGCAUAUUUUGUAUGUCAAACUUAAUUCGUUCCAGAUGUCUGUUUCACAACCAAAGCAAUUUUUCCCAUAAAGAAUAACGUGAGUAAAUAGAAUUAAUCCGUUCCAGACCCCAAAUGAUAAUUUAUUAAAAAUGUACUAAAUACUGCAUAAAACUAAAAAUUAAUACUAAAAGAAACUAACUGAAAUACUGUACAAUAAAUUUAACUGCCUCUUACCUGUCAGAGGAGAGCUAAUGGCAUACUGGAAGCAGGAGAGGAUAUAUUAUUGCUUGGAAGGAGAGUUGAGCAACUCUCCUGGCAUUUUCUCUUCUGUCUUUCUUCACUACUUGCACCUUGUUCUGGCUCACUGGUUCUUUGUCUCGUUAAAAACCUGUCAAGUGACAUUUGUUUUAAGGGACAACAUAUUCUGGGUCCUCGUGUUCUUUUAUCUUCCGAUUUCGUAAUUUUUUUUUUAUUAACACAUGGCAGUUUCCCACCAAUGCAGGGUGGCCCAGAAAAACUUUCAUCAUUCACUCCAUCAUUGUCUUGCCCGAGGCAAGAUCCAGGUUCUGCAGUCGCCAGAGCUCCAUAUAAUGCCAAUUAUGAAUUUGGGUGUGUGUGUUUUGCUUCUUUCUUAUUUUUCUUAUGUCUAAUACCAUUUUGGAAUAAAUGUGAUAGGUAGACAAAAUUUAUUGUCAGUAAUUGUUGAAUUAUGCAACAUAUUAUAGUGCCGUGAAGCACUCAACCAUCAGUCAUGACCACUCGACAAUUACCGAGAUGCUCUGAUACUCUCUCACCCUCUCUCUUAUAGUUCCUUUCACCUUGUAACAAUGCAAAAUGAUGAAUUUAAUGCAUACAGAGGUACCUCGGGAUACGAACAGCUCAAAACGUGAAUAAUUAUGUAAGUGUAUUUAUCUAAGUGCUUUUGUAAGUGUAUUUUGGGGGUCCUGAAACUGAUUAAUCUAAUUUACAUUAUUCCUUAUGGGAACAGAUUCGUUCAGUAUCAGCACUCGAACAGCCUUCUGGAACGAAAUAAGUUUGUAUCCCGAGGUACCACUGUAUAUUGUAAGUCAUAAUACAAAAAAUAAUUUUAAAAAAUCUGAAAUAUCACUUCACGUUCAGACGCAUUACAUGCAUUCAUCAUCACAAGAAAUAUUGAAAUAACUAUAAUUCGUUGUAAAAACAUCAUAUAAACGUGAGACUUAACACCAAAAUGUUGCCAGAUUUAAUUAUUUUUCUGUAAACUUGACUCAUUUUUUCAAAAUUUUCCGCAUUUUUUUCUGUGUACCCCAGACAAAAAUGAUGGCUUGUCUGCAAUAAAAAAAACUGCACCAAGACUGCAAAACAAAAAAAAAGUUCAAAAGAUGCACACAAAAGCUCAAGAGAAGUUGACAGCAAGCAAGUUAGUGGCUAUACUGACUGAGAAUCACGUUGUUGACUCUGCCUGGUGAUCACAUGAUCCAAACAUUGUUGGUCAACAACCAAAAGCAUGUAUGAAAACCAGGACUUUUUUUUUUUUCUCCAAUUCCUUGUUCGAAAACCAAUUUGUUCGACAAGUGCGUUUCAACAGCAGAGGUGUCACAGUACUUUGAUAAUUAUACUUGUGUACCUGUACCUAAUAAACUUGCACACAGUGCUGGUGUGCAGGUACACAUUAAAAUCACUAAGUCUCUCUCACUAAUGUUAAAAAUGUCAUAAGUACAUAAUAAUCGCUCUGGGGCACUUGUAAUGUUGUAUAUUAUGUUAAUAUGGAUAUUUUCAUUAAUCCAUCUAUGAAUAUCAGAUGGAUUAUUGAAAAUAUCCAUAUUAGUGUAAUAUACAAAAUUAAAAGUGCCCCAGAGCAAUUAUAUGCUUAUUGCAUCUUCAAAAUUAUACAAGAAAUAUACUACAUAUAUAAAUAUGCAUAUCACCAAACUGGCAUAAAUAUGACAUGUGGUAGCUGGGUUGCUUGUAGGAGUGACAGAAAGAAUUCUGUUUUCUUUAGUCCGACACCAAAGAAGCUGUCUAGUACAGUAUUACCGGGGGGGGGGGGGGGCUGUAGAAAAAUAUUCCUUUUGUAUGUCUUCACUUGUAGCGUCAUUUGCUCUAAAAAUGGCGUGUUGCACGAGCAUGGGAGUGUUGCUGCUAUUUAUUCUACUGUACUAACAUGAAGACAACUUGUACACAAUGUAAGCCGUUUGUAUUGAGGAAAAACCUUCACAAGGUUGGUUGAUCAGGCUGAUCCACCAGGAGGCCUGGUCACAGACCGGGCCGCGGGGGCGUUGACCCCCGGAACUCUCUCCAGGUAAACUCCAGGUAAAGCAUUGCAUAAUUCAAAAUGAAUGUGUAUGAAUAAAGUGGACAGGUCUUGAUACGCAUUCGUCUGAUCGCCCUCGGUUUGUUUACAUUCUCUGCGUGUGUGUAGUUAUUUUGUUGACGAUAAUAGUGAUAAAAAGGAGUUGUAAGCCUCUUACUUUAAAUGCCAAGUUAGAAAAGAUUAAACACAGUGAACAAAGUAUGUUGAUGGCUAUAAGCAUAGUAAUAAUAAUAAUGGCUCUGGGGAGCUUUAAAUGUUGUUACGGACAUUUCAUUAAUCCAUCUGCGACUUUUUUUUUUUUUUUUUUUUUUUUUUUCAAUAAUAAAUACACUACACACAAAAUACAGUGGAACCUCAGUUUUUGUAUGCCCUAGUUUGUAUGUAAAACUAUAGUUUUUUUUUUUUUUUUUUUUUCAACAAGUCGGCCGUCUCCCACCGAGGCAGGGUGACCCCAAAAAAAGAAAGAAAAUCCCCAAAAAGAAAAUACUUUCAUCAUCAUUCAACACUUUCACCACAUGCACACAUUAUCACUGCUUUUGCAGAGGUGCUCAGAAUACAACAGUUUAGAAGCAUAUACAUAUAAAGAUACACAACAUAUCCCUCCAAACUGCCAAUAUCUAUAGUUAUUGUCUAUAAAAUGUAUUUUUUGUUAAUAUUUUUGGGUGUCUGGAAUGGAUUAAUUUGAUUUACAUUAUUUCUUAUGGGAAAUAUUAAAAAAAAUACAUUUUAUAGACAAUAACUAUAGUUUUACAUACAAACUAGGGCAUAUGAAAACAUAAUUGUGAGGUGUGGUAGCUGGAUGGGCUACUAUACCUGACUUUCUACAAUAAAUACAGUGGUACCUUGAGUUACAAACUUAAUUCGUUUCCAUAAGGAAUAAUUGUUCAAGUUGUGAGCUGUUUGUAACUUGAGGUACAACUGUACUACUAAAAAAAAAAACCAUACCACGGGUGGGGAUAGAAACCGCAAUCAGAGAGUCGUAAAACUCCAGACUGAUGCACUAGCCACUGGAGUUUUAUGACUGAUUGCAGGUUCUAUCCCCACCCGUGGUAUGGUUUGUUUGCAAUCUUGUCAUUAUGAUUUAGUGAGUCAUAUAGUACUAGAUAAGAUAAGAUUUCGUUCGGAUUUUUGACCCCGGAGGGUUAGCCACCCAGGAUAACCCAAGAAAGUCAGUGUGUCAUCGAGGAUUGUAACUUAUUUCCAUUGGGGUCCUUAAUCUUGUCCCCCAGGAUGCGACCCACACCAGUCGACUAACACCCAGGUACCUAUUUGCUGCUAGGUGAACAGGACAACAGGUGUAAGGAAACGUGUUGAAAUGUUUCCACCCGCCGGGAAUCGAACCCGGGCCCUCCGUGUGUGAAGCGGGAGCUUUAGCCAUCGGGCCACUAGCCUCUAGCCUCUCGCCCUACAUUAAGACUACAGUGGUCCCUUGUUUUUCGUAGUUAAUCCGUUCCUGGAGUUGCUACUAUUAUCGAAAUCUACGAUUUGCGAAUCAACUUUCCCCAUAAGAAAUAAUGUAAAUACAAUUAAUCCGUUCCUGACACCCGGAAGUAUAAAAACAAAAAAAUUUUUUACAUGAAAUAUACAUGUAGUACAUAAACAAUACAAUGGGAAAUGAUGAAUGAAACAUUAACAACAUAACACUUACCUUUAUUGGAGAUUCUGCAGCGCUGUAUAGUCCUUGUGGCUUAGCGCUUCUUUUUUGAUUAUAUAUAUAUAAUAUUGGAGAUUCUUCUUAGUGUAUGGGAGACUGGAGGAGGAGAGAGAUUGGAUUGUUUACAGUUUGGAAGGGAAAUCCCCUUCCAGCAACACCUCGGGUACCAAUUGCUUUUCUGGGGUUGCUUCUUUGUUUCUUAAUGCCACUAGGACCACCUUGAGAGUCACUGGAGUCCUGUCUUGCAAAAUAACUGUGGAGAGAGCUCUGUUUCUGGCGUCUCUUUAACACUUCCCUAAAAUGGCCCAAGACUUUGUCACUGUACAUGUUGCCAACAUGGCUUGCAACAACCUUGUCAGGGUGAUGUUUCUCCAUAAAGCUUUCCAUCUUACCCCACAUAGCAAAAAAAUCUCUAAUUUCUGAAGAAGGCACCUUCUUCCAUCACUCUUCCUCCUCCUCUGCAGCAAGAUUCUGAGCUGCAAUCUGUUGCUGUUCCUGCUGAAGCUCUUGCAGCUCCUCAGUGGUGAGCUCUUCGUUGUGGUCUUCCACCAACUCUUCCACAUCCUCCAAACUCUCAUCCAACCCCAUGGAACCCCCCAGUGCCACAAUUGAUUUAACAGCAGACAUAGGCUCAUCAGGGUCGGUCCCAAACCCUUCAAAAUCCCUCUUGUCGACACAAUCUGGCCACAAUUUUCUCCAAGCAGAGUUCAAAGUCCUGGUAGUCACUCCCUCCCAAGCCAUACCUAUAAAGGUUAUGCAGUGGAGGAUGCUGAAGUGUUCUCUCCAAAAUUCCCUUAGGGUCAAGUGAGUGCGUGUGGUCACAGUCAAGCACCUGUGAAACAUUGCUUUGGUGUAGAGUUUUUUAAAGUUUGCAAUGACCUGCUGGUCCAUGGGCUGGAGGAGAGGAGUGGUAUUCGGGGGCAAGAACUUUACUGUGAUGAACCCAAACUCCUCGAAAAUUAGGUCAUCCAAGUUUGGAGGAUGAGCAGGCGCAUUGUCCAUUACUAGCAGGCACUUGAGAUCCAAGUUCUUUUCCAGGAGGUAAUUCUUCGCACUAGGGCCAAACACUUCAUUGAACCACUGAACGAAAAUUUCCCUUGUGACCCUUGCCUUACUAUUAGAUUUCCAAAACACACACAAUUUACUCUUCAUAACAUUGUUUUUCCUGAACACAUUGGGAUUUUCAGAAUGGUACACUAGUAAUGGCUUCACUUUGAAAUCCCCACUAGCAUUAGCACAGAACAUGAGCGUCAGCCUGUCUUUCAUAGGCUUGUGUCCUGGCAUUGCCUUUUCCUCCUGUGUAAUGAAGGUCCUCUUUGGCAUUUUCUUCCAAAAGAGGCCUGUUUUGUCACAAUUGAACACUUGUUCAGGUUUCAGUCCUUCAGCCUCUAUGUACUCCUUGAAUUCACGCACAUAUUUUUCAGCCGCCUUGUGGUCCGAGCCGGCAGCCUCACCAUUCCUUACCACACUGUGUAUGCCAGUAUGGUUCUUAAAUCUCUCAAACCAACCUUUGCUGGCCUUAAAUUCACUCACAUCACUAUUUGCAGGCAAUUUCUUUACCAGAUCGUUGUGCAACUGCCUAGCCUUUUCACAAAUAAUCAAAGUCAUAAGAGUAUCUCCUGCUAAUUGUUUCUCAUUUAUCCACACCAAUAAUAACUUCUCAACCUCUUCGAGUACUGGUGACCUCAUUUUUGUCAGCAUAGUUACCCCCUUUGCAACAACAGCAUCCUUGAUUUCCUUUUUCUUGGUCACUAUGGAACAUAUGGUUGUGUAGGGUUUCUUAUACAUCCUGGCCAGUUCGGCCACACUUGUGCCACUUCAUAUUGUUCAAUGAUAUUUUUCUUAAAUUCAAUCGUAUUUCUCACCUUUACUACAGGCUUGGCACUAGGAGCUUUCUUUGGAGCCAUGGUAGCUUAUAUAGUACGUACUUGCAAGCACUAAAAUGAGUGGAAUAUUAUGAAAUAUUUCGUAGGAGCACAUGAGGGGACCUUCACUCAUUGGUAAACAAUGCCAGACUGGCUGGGUAGGGAGGCUGCUCCGGCUCACACUGUGCGUACGCGUCCCGGACGAACUACUAUUCGCGAAUCAACCUAUGAUUAGCGAGCCCAUGUUUAUACGAAAAUAUCCCUAUGAUUUCCGAAAUCUAUGAUUCCCGAGAACUACGAAAAGCGAGGGACCACUGUACAAAUAUUUUAAUGUAAGUAUUGAGUGUGCUGGAUGUGCAUUUUACUUUGUUUUUCAUGCCUAGUUCUAUUGCUAACUUAAUCUAUGAUAGUGUAAACAUGUUAAGAGGCAUUUAAUUAAAAGUAAAAAAAAAAAAAAAAAAAAAAAAAAAAGAUUUGCUUUAUGGCUAUUUCUGUUUUACGGUGGUAGCCUAGAACUUAACCUGCCAUAUAAGCGGUGCCCUCCUGUACACCAUAGGAAGGUUAGCAUGCUUUAACUUGUCCCAUCAGAAUCGUUAGUGAUUUGAUAAAUCAUAAUUAUGGGCUUGCAAACUCUGCAAGGAGGGCUUUAGCCCCCUGUUCAAGGAGUUGUUUACAAUUGUGUCACUACUAAAUCAUUCAUAAUGGCUUUGAUGGGAUUUGAGCUAGAGCAUGCUACAGCCAUGCUGGUGUGAGAUUCACCUGUAAAAAUUAAACUUGCAUUGCAAUCAGUUGAACCCAUACUAAUUUUCCUAUGGUGUAUAGUGUUAUUCACUACCUAGUUGCAUCAGUCUCAUCACACUGGUAUGGUUCAGUGAAUGCCGUAGUAGUCUGCUAGUUUUGUCACUGACUUACUGUGGGUUCAAGCCAUCUGUGCAGUGAGGUGUUUACAAUAGUGUCAUCAUGAUUUACCAAGUCAUUAAGUGAACAUAUUCCUGUUCUGAAACAUUAAAUUGUUUGCAAUGGUUUGUACUUUUAAAAUUAAGUGAUAUGCACUAUUACAUUUUAAUUAUGACAGUACUGCAGUACAUACUGAAUGACCCAUAGACAGCUUUAUGUGAACACAAUACUUAAACACUAUAGGUUUCUCUCUUAUCCAGAAGUUAACCUUGAUGUUAACAUUAGAUUUUAUGAAUGCACUCAAAGGAAUGGCAGAAGGUAGACCCAAGGAAAGAGAGUACAUUGAAUUAAAUGUAACAAUUGAUGAUUUAGCCGUUACAAUAAAGUUUCAGGCUCUAUCGGUUGAUGUUGCUGAGCAGCCUUAUUCAUGAAGAUUGCAUGCUUCUUAGCCCUUCAUAGUGCAGUUAAGUCUCCAGCCAAGUCGUCAAGAAAACGUAAUGUGAUUAAUGGAGUUUUUUGGUGACGUGACUACAGCAUGUGGACUAGAGAUUUUGAAUGACUUCCUGCAAGAUCGUAGUUACAUCCGUGGCUUCACCCCUUCACAAAUAGAUGCUGAAGUGUUUUCUUCUUUGGUUAAGGCCCCUGAGGAUAACUUUUCUCAUGCUCUUAGGUGGUACAACCACAUACGAUCCUUGAAUAUUGAGCUCAAGUUAACAUUAGGAGAAAGUCUUGCAGCAACAUCUGAUUUCUUACAAAAUGCUAAACUGCAUGAUGUUAAAGUUGUAAAUGAAAGUGAUACAUUCCUAAAAGAGAGAGAGAUGGCAGAAGAGAUGAGUGAUGGAUCACAAAUGGAUAAUGAUGAUGAAUUUGAUUUGUUUGGUUCUGAUGAUGAUGAUGAUGAAGUGGCAAAACUUCGUGAUGAACGAUUGAAGGCUUAUGCUGAGAAAAAGUCAAAGAAGCCUGGACCUAUUGCUAAAUCUUCUAUAAUGCUAGAUGUGAAACCAUGGGAUGAUGAGACAGACAUGAUAACAAUGGAGGAACUUGUGCGCUCAAUUAGGAUGGAUGGUCUUCAAUGGGGUGCCAGUAAACUGGCUCCUCUAGCAUUUGGCAUUAACAAAUUAUCAAUUUUGUGCACUGUUGAAGAUGAAAAAGUCUCUGUUGAUGAUCUUAUUGAAAGGAUAUGUGACUUUGAGGAUACAGUACAGUCUGUUGACAUUGCUGCUUUCAACAAAAUCUAAAAUCAUUGAAAUAUUUCGGAAUACUCUGGUGCUGUGCUCUUUCCAAUCUGUAUGCACUUUUGAAGUUAUGGAAAAGCUAAACUUGACCCAUGAGAUCUUAUAUUCCUGACAUAACUAGUUAUGUCAAAAUAAUGGAUAAAUAUAAAACUAAUUUCAGAAAAACUAAACUAAUUAUGAAUUCAACUGGCAAAAAAUAAAACAUGACACACUCCCAAUAUUUCCUACUUAUACAUAUUUGUUUUUUACAUUAGCCCUUUAUUUAUAGUUUAGUAUUUUGUAUAAUGAAUUAAUUUUUUUCUGAUUUAUUAAAAAUGUUUCAAUUAAAGAUUAAUAUUAUUUAUUUUAAUAAUAAAUUCUUAAAAUUUU